GAAUGUCCGUGUUGUAAUUUUAAUGUUAUUUUGUAUGCGAGGUUUUUUUUUAUGUUUUAAUUCAUGGUAUAAAAUUACUACAUACUAUUAACCAUUUAUGUAGAAACAUAAUUUUUUACGAAGCUAUGUCAGUGAGAUUUCUUUAAGAUAAAUAAUUGUUGCCCAAUGGUAAUCAACAAAAAAUGCUUGAAAAUUAAAGAUGUAAUCACAUGUAACGAAAAAAUAAAAAAAAUGGUUCGUUGUGGUAAUUUUAAAAUGUCCAUCAAAUGUCUGCUGCUUAAAAAGUUGAAUUUAUAAAGAAGAGAAAAUAGUACACUGAACAUUAUCAUCAAGACCUUAACAAAACUUUUGAUUUAUAAAAAAUAAUAUUAACUAUGACGAGUCUCAAAAUGGAAUAAAUAAGUAAAAUCAUGUAUUCAUCAAUGGUAUUUCGUACUUGUCGUAUUUCACAAUUCAGGAGUUGUCUGAAUAAAUUAAAUACUCAACAUCCUUUAGCCGCAGCAGUCUUCCACAAACACUCAUCCACCGAGGCCAAGAUUAAUGCUAUCAACACUCAGACUAAUGUCGUGGAGUGGAAAAACAUCUAUGUUGGAACGUUAGGUCCACGGAUACGCAACUUGAAAAUUGUAUCAUUCAUGACCAGUGCUGUGGGUUUGUGUAUUCAACCAAUGGUAAUACAAAAGGCUGCGGAAGUGGGCAGCAGCUUAGCAGCCACCAUUGGUGUAUGCACCAUCGCAGGAUUUUUUACAUUUAUUACACCAGUGCUCAUUCAUUUGGUAACAAGAAAAUAUGUAACAUCUAUUGAAUAUAACGAAAAAGAUGACGAGUACAAUGCCACAGUUAUUUCAUUUUUCUUAAAACCUAAGAAGAUACAAUUUAAACCAUUUGAAGUAAGAUUGCCUUUGACACAGAAAUUAACAAUCACAUUUUAUGCAAAAGAAUGCCCUUUAUUUGUGGAUCCACAAGCAUUUGAUGAUGUUAUGCAUUAUCAACGUAUAUUAGGUUAUGAUAAGCCUUUUACAUUUGAAAAAGAAGAUGAUGAAAACUCUGGUCUUAAAAAACCUGUAGUUAAGGCUGCUAAUAAGAUUUAAGUUUAAAUUAUACUUUAUAGUUGUUUUUUAUUAUUUUAUCAAAUCUGUUUUGUAAAUACAUGCAAUUUCAAAUACUUA